AUGUCCUCUCAGAGCCUCAGCACCCCCAAUGGCAUGAGUGAUGUGAAGCAAACUCUGGCCUGGUGCCAACAAUUAAAACUGAGCACCAAAGAGCAAAAAUUAGAAGCUUAUAGAAGACUCUGUGAGCAUGCUUACCCAAAUCAAAAGAAUAGUCCUGCCACAGCAAAAGAAGCCAAUAUCCAGACAUGGUUACAAUAUAAAUGA